GAGAGAGAGAGACCGAGUGGGAGGAAGUGAGAGUUGAGAGAAAGAUGGACGUGGAGAAGAGGGUGGAGGCGACGGAGGUGGACGACGACGGCCGUACAAGAACGGGAACGGUAUGGACGGCGACGACGCACGCCAUCACGGCCGUCAUAGGCUCCGGCGUGCUGGCUUUGCCCUGGAGCGUGGCACAGAUGGGCUGGGUCCUGGGCCCAAUCGCCCUCGUGGGCUGCGCCUACAUCACCUACUAUUGCGCCGUUCUUCUGUCGGACUGCUACCGCUCGCCGGACCCCGUCCACGGCAAACGCAACUACACCUACAUGGAUGCCGUCCGCUCCUGCCUCGGGCGCAGAGAUGUGAUUAUUUGUGGCAUUGCGCAGUACGCGAUUCUCUGCGGGGCAAUGGUUGGCUACACCAUCACAACCGCCACGGGCAUCAUGUCUGUGGUGAAGAGCAACUGCCGCCACUACAACGGCCACGACGCCAAGUGCAGCACGACGGGGACGAUGUACCUGGUGCUGUUCGGGCUCGUGGAGGUGGUGCUGUCGCAGCUGCCGAGCCUGGAGAAGGUCACCUUCAUCUCCGUCGUGGCAGCCGUCAUGUCCUUCACUUACUCCUUCGUCGCGCUCUUCCUCAGCGCCGCCAAGUUCGCGUCCAACCACAAGGCAUACGGCACCAUCCUCGGCAGCAAGAUCGGCGGCCCCGGCGGGGUCUCGGCGACGACCAGGACAUUCAACUUCCUCCAGGCCCUCGGCAACAUCGCCUUUGCGUACACUUACGCCAUGCUCCUCAUAGAGAUCCAGGACACGGUGAAGUCGCCGCCGUCGGAGAACGUGACGAUGAAGAAGGCGAGCUUUUACGGCAUUGGGGUGACGACCAUCUUCUACGUGUCGCUGGGCUGCAUCGGGUACGCCGCCUUCGGCAACGCCGCGCCGGGGAACGUGCUCACGGGCUUCGACGAGCCCUUCUGGCUCGUCGACCUCGCCAACGUCGCCGUCGUCAUCCACCUCGUCGGAGCCUACCAGGUGUACGCGCAGCCCGUGUUCGCGUGCUACGAGAAGUGGCUGGGGGCCAAGUACCCGGAAUCGGCCUUCUUCCACAGGGAGUACAAGCUCCCCCUGGGCCUGCGGUUCACGGCGAGCAAGCUGCUGCUGCGGACGCUGUUCGUGACAUUCACGACGGUGGUGUCGCUGAUGCUGCCCUUCUUCAACGCCGUGCUCGGGCUGCUGGGCGCCGCCGCCUUCUUCCCGCUCACUGUCUACUUCCCGGUGUCCAUGUACAUCAAGCAGUCCAAGGUGCCGCGCGGGAGCCCGAAGUGGCUCGCGCUGCAGGCGCUCAACGUCGGCUCGCUCCUCGUGUCGCUGCUCGCCGCCGUCGGCUCCGUCGCCGACAUCGUCGAGCGCCUCGGCCACGUCACCAUGUUCAAGACCGAGCUGUGACCGAGGCGUGAAACUCUUCCAGUCAACGACUUGGCAGGCCAUGGUUGAUCCGCUAUUGAUUUGCUUACAUUGCAUCGCUGCAAUGUGCUCAGUGUACCCCCAUUUGCUACUUGCUAGCUAGUUGCUGCAGUAGUUUUGUUCGUGUUAGCUAUCAGUGCGUUCUCAUCAUUUAGGUGAAACCAUCAACUUGUGUUCGAACUAUUUUAUUGUGAUAUAACUGGAUAUAAUAAAUGUAGUUGUGACAUUUGCAUGUGA